AUGUUGAGUAAGGACCCAGGUUCCCCCACAGUCAACUCUUGGGCAUCUUGGCCCGUACAGACUAACAAAAACAGUAUUGGCAAUGAACUAAAUUCUGUAUUCUCAAAGGCCACACGGGCCACCAAUUUUCGACCAGCCUCUAUUUUUCCAAAAGCUAACAAAAGGCCUCUCUAUCGCCUCCACAGCGUCAAUGCAUCUAGGACAGCAUCCCUUUGCUUGGCAUAUCGGUCAGAGUCGGUUCCUGAAUCCCUUUCUGAGUUAGAAGUUACUUCGGGACUCUCGUCGGGCCCGAUCUCUGAUCAAGAAAGUCGAGCCUCUUUCUGGUGCGUAGAUGCUGAUAACGAUAGCUCUGGGUCAGCUCUGAUAAGCUACUUUACUGCUUUGCGGAUGAUACUUACGUUCCGCCCCUAUCUAUUGCUGAUGGGUACCUUCAUGUUCCUCUCUCUUGGACUCCAGGCAAGUGGGUUUGUCUGGUUAUUUGUUUAA